AUGGGUGACUGCUCAAAAGCAUUUGAAUUUCACAAAAAAGCAAAUCAAAUCUACGAAAAAGCUCUGCCUCAGAGUCAUCCCUCAUUGGCUGCUUCGUACAACAACAUGGGUUUAGUAUGUGGCACGAUGGGCGACUAUUCAAAAGCACUUGAAUUCUAUGAAAAAGCAAAUGCUAUCGCUGAGAAGUCUCUAACGCCGAAUCAUCCAGAUUUGGCUACUUCCUACAACAAUAUCGGUCAAGUGUAUGACAGCAUGGGUGACCACUCAAAGGCACUUGAAGUCUACGAAAAAGCACAUACAAUCGCUGAAAAAACUUUGCCUCCGAAUCAUCCUUCAUUGACUUCUUCCUACAGCAACAUCGGUCUGGUAUAUAACAAGAUGGGUGACUACCCAAAAGCACUCGAAUUCCAUACAAAAGCACAUCAAAUUUAUGAAGAAACUCUGCCUCCAAAUCAUCUGGAAUUGGCCAAUUCCUACAACAACUUCGGUCUACUGUUCAACAGCAUGGGUGAUUAUCCAAAAGCACUUGAAUUUCACGAAAAAGCAUAUAAAAUCGCUGAAGAAGCUCUGCCUCAGAAUCAUCCUUCAUUGACUACUUUCUAUAACAAUAUCGGUCUAGUGUGUGGCACCAUGGGCGACUACCGAAAAUCACUUGAAUUCUACGAAAAAGCAUAUACAAUCGCAGAAAACGCUUCGCCACCGAAUCAUCCUUCAUUGACUACUUCCUACAGCAGCAUCGGUCAAGUGUAUAACAAGAUGGGUGAUUACCCAAAAGCACUUGAAUUUCACACAAAAGCGAAUAAAAUUUACGAAGAAACGCUGCCCUCGAAUCAUCUUGAUUUGGCUACUUCCUACAACAACAUUGGUCUACUGUACAACAUCAUGCAUGAUUAUCCAAAAGCACUUGGAUUCCACGAGAAAGCACAUCAAAUCUAUGAAAAAGCUCUUCCCCCGGAUCAUCCAGAUUUGGCUACUUCCUACAAUAACAUUGGUCUAGUGUAUAGCAGCACGGGCAACUACUCAAAAGCACUUGAGGUCUACGAAAAAGCACAUACAAUUGCCAAAAAAACGCUGCCUUCGAAUCAUCCUUCAUUAGCUACUUUCUACAACAACAUCGGUCUGGUAUGUGGUACCAUGGGAGACUACCCAAAAGCACUUGAAUUUUAUGAAAAAGCAUAUACAAUCGCCGAAAAUGCUCUGCCUUCGAAUCAUCCUUCAUUAAUUACUUCCUACAGUAGCAUUGCUCAAGUUUAUAACAGGAUGGGUGACUACUCAAAAGUACUUGAAUUUCAAACGAAAGCGCAUCAAAUUUACGAAGAAACUCUGCCUCCAAAUCAUCCGGCUUUAGCCAAUUCCUUCAAGAACAUCGGCCUAGUAUAUAACAGCAUCGGUGACCACUCUAAAGCGCUUGAAUUCAGCGAAAAGGCACAUCAAAUCUGCUCGAAAGCUGUGCCUCCGAAUUUUAUCUAA